AAGUUGAAACAUUAGCCUUCUUUUUGUUCUUCUCCUACUUCCUUCAUUAUUUUCCUUUCUAUUCUCUUCUUCCAUGAGAGACUCAGUCGUCGUCAUCAUUAUGCUGCCCUCCGGCCUCCAUUCAAGUCAAAAUUGGGACCAAACGAUUCGCCUUUUUCUCUUCUUUCUGAUUCUCCAGUUAGCUUUCUUGAAAAACUUAUCAAAACUUAUAAAAUUUUUCACAAUCUUUAGAACUUUUCAAGCCACGAUCUGCAAAUCUGACUGUUGAAUCGUCACGGAACUUCAACCAUGGCUUCUCCUCACCACUUUCAACAUCUUGGCCGUUCGAAUUUCUGAAACGAUGCUUGAAUCUCAAGUACUCAAAAACCCGAAAUUGAUCUUAGGUUUUGUUUGCUCUGGACUUAUGGUUUUGUUUGUGAUGUUAAUUAUUCUCUACUUUUCCUCUCGCGCAAUGGGUCAGGGUCAAUAAUAAAAAUAAUAGCAGUUUACACCCCAUUCAUAUCCAAAUACAUAUCUAUCUAUAGUAUAAUUUUAUAAUAAUUUUUUAAUUUAGUUCUUCAAAUCAAAUUCAAAAUCAUCAAUUUCUCUAUAAUGACAACUUGUUAAAUAUUUACUAAUUGAAAAAAUUGAUGCAUGGGUUAGUUGAUUAAGGUUCUCACAAUCAAGAAUCUAUAGAAAUUUGAAGAAAAUAGCUUGAUUAUCUUUGCAAUUUGGUAUGGCCGAAUAAAGCUUUCAACAAUAGAAUUUUUCUCCUUUCUUUUGUUCUUUUAGUGGACGGUGGAAGAAGAUGAAUGUUUCUCAUCUUUCUUUCCACUUAGUUUAGUAUAUAUAGGUUAAUUAGUUUAUUAAUGAUUAUUCUAAUUUAUUACUUAAUUAAUUUCACUAAUCAAAAACAAGUCGAUAUUCAUUGUAUUUUCACUUUUCAAUUCAAUUUAAUGGUUAAAUAACCAUUUAGGUCCUUUGAAUUAUUACUGACUAGAUUUUUAAGUAUUUUUAAUUUAAAAUUUAAUAAAGAUUAAAUUUUAUAAUUUAAUCUAAGUUUUAAUUAAUUAUUUUCUUGAUUAAUUAAGUAGCAUAUCAGCGGUAAGAACCCUUCAAUAGCAGAAACAAAUAUGGGUUUGAGUAGUAUAUCAUGUCUGACAUCAUUGACCCAAUGAUUAUCAGACUAAUGUUAAUGUUUAUUAAUGGUUGGGUUUCAAUAAUUAAACUUGGAACCAGUCAUAUCACCAAAUCGGUUUCAAUAUGGAUUUCAUGAAAACAAAGAUUCAACCCCAGUUUUGCAACGCAAUAAUAUAAUAAGAACUUUAUGAUGGCGACUGCCUCUGUCUCUUUGAACAUGGAAGAACAACAAAGAAACCUAUUCUUUUUUAAUGGAAAACCAGGAAAAGUCUUUGGUCAAAGCUUGGCUUUCCAUGGUGUGUUUCGUUUUUUUACUUAAACUACUGUUAAUGGAAGAAAUUACCUGCAAUAACUGUUAAUGGCUGACUACGAUAUUAGCAAAAGAAACAUGGCGACCAUGAGAAAAUUUCCAUGUAUUUCCUUGCUUCUUUUUUCAUGCUUUUGCAUGCAGGUUUUCAAUGGAACAGUUGCAGCCACUGAUACCCUUUUCCAAGGUCAAAUCAUGACGGCCUCAGGUCUGUUAACAUCUUCUGGAAAUGCCUUUGAGUUGGGGUUCUUUUCAACUGGCUCAACUAAUCUGUAUUUGGUGAUUCGGAUGAAGAAUGUUGCAACCAAGGAUAUUGUGUGGAUUGCCAAUAGAGACCUUCCUUUCACUGGUUCAUCUAUGAUUCUCACCAUCAAUGAUGAUGGAUACCUUGUGAUUGUGAAUGGCAGAAUAAGUUAUAGGGUGAGUGAUGAUCCGUCAUCAAGCCAAAAUGUGAGUGUAACGCUGUUGGAUUCUGGGAAUUUGGUUCUAAGAGAUAGGAAUAUGGAUAUACUAUGGCAGAGCUUUGAUUACCCUUCAAACACUUUUUUGCCUGGGAUGAAGCUUGGUUACAAUAAUAAAACAGGGAAAGUUUGGUCUCUAACAUCUUGGUUGGAUGAAGAAGACCCAAAUAAUGGGGAUUUCGAGGUGAGAAUGGUAUCAAAUGAAGUGUUCCUCAUGAGGGGUACCGAAAUAUUAUGGAGUAGUGGACCUUGGAAUGGCCAUGGUUUUGACUUGAUGCCUGAAAUGAGAUUGAACUACAUCUUCAACUACAGCUUGUAUAGCGAUGAAAACGAAACAUAUUUUUCGUAUUCAUUGUAUAAUCCUGAAACUAUAACUAGAUUCAGCCUCGAUGUUGACGGACGUAUGAGAGAAUUUGCAUGGCUUGAAAAUUAUCAACAAUGGAAUUUGUUCUGGUCUCAACCAAGACAGUUUUGUAGCAUUUUAAACUCUUGUGGCUCAUUCAGUCGAUGCUUUGAGGAUACUCAGAGUUGCAAGUGCUUGCGAGGUUUUUAUCCAUCGGAGAACCGACAAGGUCACAAUGGUGGAUGUAUCAGGAGUACGCCCCUAACAUGUGGGAAUGGAGAUAAUAAAGACAGAUUCUUAGGGAUUGAUGAUGUGACCUAUCCUUUAAGUUCCAUGCAGCAAAUCAAUGCUUCAAAUCCUUUUCCAUAUUUAGGCCCUCAAAUUUCGAUCUCCGAUGAGAAUUCGUGCAAAGAAGCUUGCUUGAAUAACUGCAGUUGCAGUGCAUAUGCAUACAACACAACAGGCCAUUGCGCAAUAUGGUACGGUGACCUUAUUAAUCUUCAACAAUUAUCAUCAAAUUAUCCAACAGGACAUAAAAUCUUUGUCAAACUUGCAGCUUCCGAAUUCAACAAUGGCAAAGCCAAAUGGGACGUAUGGAUAUUUGCACUUCCUGUUGGUCUACUGGUGCUUCUUACUGCAUCCUUCUUUAUUUUUCGGUGGAGGAAGAGUCUUAAAAACAAAGGGGAGAUGGAAGAUACAAGGCGGGAUAUACUACUCUUUGAUUUGGAGAUGAGCAUCACAGCUAGUAGCAAUGAUUUUUCGGGUUCCGAAAACUCUCGAAAUAGAAGGAAGGACCCUGCAUUUCCGCUGUUUAGCUUAGCUAGCAUAUCGAUAGCUACCGAAAAUUUCUCCUUGGAGAAUAAGCUGGGAGAGGGAGGAUUUGGACCUGUUUAUAAGGGAAAACUAUUAAAUGGACAAGAAAUAGCAGUGAAAAGGCUUUCGAAACGGUCCGGACAAGGGCUGGAAGAGUUGAAAAACGAGACGAUGCUUAUAGCAAAGCUUCAACAUAGGAACCUUGUUAGACUAUUGGGUUGCUGUUUAGAACAAGGGGAAAAGAUAUUGAUCUAUGAGUUCAUGCCUAACAAAAGCCUGGAUUUAUUUCUUUUUGGAACAAACAAUGACGGGUUACUAGACUGGGGAACACGAGUUCGAAUAAUCGAGGGGAUUGCACAAGGUCUUCUGUAUCUUCACCAAUAUUCGAGAUUACGGAUCAUACAUCGAGAUCUUAAGGCAAGCAAUAUCCUGUUAGACAGUGAAAUGAACCCGAAAAUAUCAGAUUUCGGGUUGGCAAGAAUGUUUGGUGAUGACAAGUUACAAGCAAAUACUAAAAGGAUUGUAGGAACUUAUGGCUAUAUGUCGCCUGAAUACGCCAUGGAAGGCCUUUUCUCUAUUAAAUCCGAUGUGUUCAGCUUCGGUGUGCUGCUGUUGGAGAUAGUGAGUGGCAAGAAGAACACUGGCUUUUACCAUAGCAGUUCUCUUAAUCUAAUUGGACAUGCAUGGGAAUUUUGGAAAGGAGAUAAAGUUCUUGAAUUGGUGGAUCAUAGAUUGGAAGACCUAGUUUCAUAUCCCAUGCUGUACAGAUACAUUCAAGUGGCACUUCUUUGUGUUCAAGAAAUGGCUGCCGACAGACCGACAAUGUCAGAAGUUGUCUCGAUGCUUACCAAUGAACUUACAGUUCUAAAUUCUCCCAAACAGCCAGCAUUCUCUAAUUCAAAUCAGCCUUCAAGCAGGCCCGCAACACUUUCAGCGAAUCACAUAACAGUUUCUAUAAUGGAACCUCGAUAGUUUUUUCGAUCUUAGUUCGAAAGUUCUGAGAAUCCGCCAUGAUAUGUAGAUAGAGUUAAGCAAAUUGGGUGCGAGUCUGCUUAGUUCCAUGUCUUAUACAUUAGAAAGCCCUCUUUGCUAAGAAUUAUGAUUUUCGUCCAUCAUGGGAAUUUUAGUCCCGAUUGUACUCUAUUUUUUUAGUCUAAGUCCCUAUUGGGCUACAACUAAAUUUGUAGUCGUGCCCAAGUUAUACCGCUAAAUAUGGAGUUGAACUUUUUCGAGAUUAUUUUUUCAUUCGCAAAAUUCAAACUCGAUAUCUUAUUUAAAGGAUAUCAAA